AUGGAGGAGGAGGAGAAUAGAGGAAUCAGCAUUAUGAAGAGCAUAGGUAGAAGCUUGAGUCGAGCAGCUGGGAGUUUGGGAAUGGACGAGGUGUUCUCCAUCACCGCUGGCGGCAGCCACCGAAACAGCCACCGUACCCAAGACGAAGAAGCCUUGCGGUGGGCUGCUUUAGAGAAACUCUCCACCUACAACCGAAUACGAACCACCAUAUUCAACUACUCUUAUAACAAUAACAACGAUAAGCAUGACGAUAAGUUGCUGAUGGAGGUACGAGACCUCGAUGCAAAUGCUCGGCAACAUUUCAUCGACAACUUCUUUAAGGUUGCAGAAGAUGAUAAUGAGAAGUUCUUGACAAAGUUCAGAGAUCGUGUUGAUAAAGUUGGUAUCACUCUUCCAACCGUAGAGGUUCGGUUUCAAAAUUUGAGCAUAGAGGCAGACUGCUACGUGGGUAACCGAGCACUUCCAUCGUUACCAAACGCUACUCGCAAUUCCAUCGAAUCGUUUCUGGGUUCUAUUGGGAUAAGUUUAUCUAAGAAAACUAAAAUCACCAUUCUUAAAGAUGCAUCUGGGAUCAUUAAACCAUCGAGAAUGGUACUUUUAUUGGGACCGCCAUCUUCUGGGAAGACAACCCUCUUGUUGGCCUUGGCGGGAAAGCUCGAUCCCAGCCUAAAGGUUGAAGGAGAAAUUACUUACAACGGUCAUAAACUGACUGAAUUUGAACCACGAAAGACAUCAGCGUACAUCAGCCAGAACGAUGUUCAUGUUGGAGAAAUGACCGUCAAAGAAACCUUAGAUUUCGCAGCAAGGUGCCAAGGAAUCGGAUCUAGAUUAGACUUGUUAGCGGAGCUCGCAAGAAGAGAGAAGCAAGCAGGCAUUUUCCCAGAAGCCGAACUCGACCUUUUCAUGAAGGCAACCGCUAUAGAAGGAGAUGCUAGCAGUUUGAUUACAUACUACACUCUUAGAAUAUUGGGCCUUGAUAUCUGCCGUGACACCUUUGUUGGCGAUGCAAUGAAACGAGGAAUCUCCGGUGGGCAAAAGAAGCGAGUAACUACAGGAGAGAUGAUAGUUGGGCCAGCAAAAACUUUGUUUAUGGAUGAGAUAUCAACAGGUUUAGACAGCUCCACUACAUUUCAGAUAGUGAAGUGCUUGCAGCAAAUUACACACCUCACUGAAUCAACAAUCUUCAUGUCCCUACUACAGCCUGCUCCAGAGACAUUCGAUCUCUUUGAUGACAUCAUUCUACUAUCCGAAGGCCAGAUUCUGUAUCAAGGUCCACGACAAAAUGUGCUCGAGUUCUUCCAAGGUUGUGGUUUCAAGUGUCCCGAGAGAAAAGGCGUCGCUGACUUCUUGCAAGAGGUUACUUCUAAAAAGGACCAAGAGCAAUAUUGGGCAGAUAGAAGCAAACCAUACAGAUAUAUACCAGUUAGUGAGCUCGCUCAACGAUUCAAGCAUUUCCAUGUAGGCGAGAAGCUAACGAACGAGCUUUCAGUCCCAUACAACAAAAGCCAAAGCCACAAAGCAGCUCUAGUCUUCAAGAAGUACUUGGUCUCGAAAAGGGAGCUCCUUAAGGCAUCAUGGGAUAAAGAAUGGCUACUGAUGAAGAGAAAUAGUUUUGUUUACAUUUUCAAGACUGCACAGUUCACCAUUGUAGCUUUUAUAGGGACGACUUUGUAUUUUAGGACAACAAUGCACAGAAGAAACGAAGAAGAUGGUCAAAUCUAUCUAGGGGCGAUUUUGUUAAGUUUGCUCAUAAACUUAUUUAAUGGUAUAGCUGAAAUCUCACUCACCAUAGUAAGACUUCCUGUAAUUUUCAAGCAAAGAGACCUUCUGUUCCAUCCGCCAUGGGCUUACACACUUCCGACGUUCUUGCUUCGCCUGCCAAUAUGUAUGUUAGAAAGUAUUAUCUGGAUGGCCAUAGUAUAUUACGGUGUUGACCUUGCCCCGGAAGCUAGCAGGUUCUUCAAGCACUUCCUGUUGGUUUUUAUAGUUCAGAAUGUAUCAGGGGCACUUUUUAGGUUUAUUGCUGGAGUUUGUAGGACAAUGAACAUUGCAAACACAGGUGGAACCCUUACACUUCUACUCAUAUUCUUGUUGGGAGGUUUCCUUGUAAUAAAAACCAAGAUUCCUACUUGGUGGGAAUGGGCUUAUUGGCUAUCACCAUUGUCAUAUGGGUUCAAUGCGUUUACAAUCAAUGAGUUCUUUGCAGAUAGGUGGAUGAACAAAAUGAGUUCAGAUGGUGUAACUAGCUUGGGAAUAGCAAUGCUAAAGAACCUGGAUGUCCCAACUCAAACAAGCUUUUUUUGGAUUGGUGCUGCAUCUCUUCUUGGUUUUGCAGUUCUCUUCAACACCCUCUUCACUUUAGUUCUUAUGUAUUUAGAACCCCCUGGAAGAAAACAAGCGAUUAUCUCCAAAGAAGCAGCUGCAGGGAUGGAAGCACAACAAGAUAGUAACCAACAAUCAAGACUCAAAACAAUUGCAUCUAAGCAAGAAACAACUCCUCAAUCUUUAUUUCCUGUUGAUGGAAGUAAUAGAAAUAUGGAAAUGCAGCAUGUAAGAAGUCGGUCCGAGUCUUAUGAUUCGUAUGGCGGGGGUCGUAAGAAGGGGAUGGUUUUUCCGUUUACUCCACUUGCCAUGUCGUUUGAUAGCAUGAACUAUUUUGUUGAUAUGCCCCAAGAGAUGAAAGAACAAGGGGUGGAAGAAAAUAGGUUGCAGUUACUUCGUGAAGUAACCGGUGCGUUUAGGCCUGGAGUCCUAACUGCAUUGAUGGGAGUCAGCGGAGCUGGAAAAACGACAUUAAUGGAUGUUUUAGCAGGAAGAAAGACAGGCGGUUAUAUCGAAGGAGAUAUCAGAAUAUCAGGAUUCCCAAAGAAACAAGAAACUUUUGCAAGAAUUUCUGGAUAUUGUGAGCAAACAGAUAUCCAUUCUCCCCAAAUCACUGUUUAUGAAUCUUUGAUUUACUCGGCUUUUCUUCGGCUUCCAAAAGAAUUCAGCAAUGAAGAGAAGAUGAUCUUUGUGGCUGAAGUCAUGGAGCUAGUUGAACUAGACAACCUCAAGGAUGCAAUAGUGGGACUUCCAGGAGUUAGUGGUUUGUCAACCGAACAGAGAAAGAGGCUAACGAUUGCAGUCGAGCUUGUUGCUAAUCCUUCAAUCAUCUUCAUGGAUGAACCGACUUCUGGGCUUGACGCAAGAGCUGCAGCCAUCGUUAUGAGAGCCGUGAGAAACACCGUGGACACAGGAAGAACUGUCGUUUGCACCAUUCAUCAGCCCAGCAUCGAUAUCUUUGAAUCCUUUGAUGAGCUGUUGUUGAUGAAAAGAGGAGGGCAAGUGAUCUAUGCAGGAUCAUUAGGCAGAAAUUCUCAACAAAUUGUGGACUAUUUUGAGGAAAUUCCUGGGGUUCCAAAGAUGCCAGAAAAAUAUAAUCCUGCAGCAUGGAUGUUGGAAGUCAGUUCAGGUGCUGCUGAGAGCCGGCUUGGGAUCGACUUUGCUGAGCACUACAACUCAUCAGCCUUACAACAGAAGAACAAGGCUUUAGUGAUGCAGUUAAGUACACCCCCUCCAGGAGAGGCAGAUCUUCAUUUUGGAACACAAUAUUCUCAGUCUGCAUGGGGGCAAUUUAGAUCUUGUAUAUGGAAGAUGUGGUGGAGCUACUGGAGAAAUCCUGAUUAUAACCUAACCCGCAACUUCUUCACCUUGGCCACUGCCCUCAUGGUUGGGACGAUGUUUUGGAAAGUGGGCGAAAAAAGGGAGAGCAGCAAUAAUUUGACCACCAUCAUCGGGGCGACAUUUACUGGGGUGUUCUUUGUUGGUAUGAACAAUUGCCAAACAGUGCAUCCGGUAAUCGCCACAGAAAGAACAGUUUUCUAUCGAGAAAGAGCAGCUGGAAUGUACUCGACAUUACCAUAUGCCAUGGCACAGGUGUUUGUAGAGAUACCAUACGUAUUUUUUGAAGCAACAUAUUACACUCUAAUAGUGUAUGCCAUGGUGUCGUUCGAAUGGACAGCAACCAAGUUUUUUUGGUCAUUUUUCAUCAACUUCUUUUCAUUCCUCUAUUUUACAUACUAUGGAAUGAUGACUGUUUCUAUCACACCAAACGAACAACUAGCAGCUAUAGUGGCAGGUUCAUUCUACGCCAUCUUCUGUUACUUUUCUGGGUUUUUCAUCCCUAAACCCAGAAUUCCAAAGUGGUGGGGUUGGUACUACUGGAUCUGUCCGUUGGCUUGGUCUGUUUACGGGACCAUUAUAUCGCAGUACCAUGAUGUUGAGAACACGAUCAAGGUGCCUGGGAUGUCGUAUGAUCCAGCCAUAAAUUCGUAUAUCCAAGACUAUUAUGGUUAUAGAUUAGAUUUCAUGGGUCCUGUUGCUGCGAUUCUAGUUGGUUUUUGUGUAUUGUUUGCUGUCGUCUAUGCCUACUGUUUAAGGACGUUGAAUUUCCAAACGAGAUAAAUCGAUCUCAUAUGUUUCAAGAAUGUUUAUAUGUCGUUUUUCCAAAUAGGACCGCUUGUAUUGGGUAAUUUAGAUUGUUGUAAUCUUGUUAGGGUUGUAUGGACAUAUGGGAUAUUGCUGUAUC